AUGGAAGAGCCUCACAAACCUCAAAAGUCAGCCAAGAUGAGCGAAGUAGCACACUCCAACGUUGUCGUUAUCGGUGGUGGUAUCGUCGGAGCCUCCAUCGCCUGGCACUUGUCAUCCGAAACCAAUGUUACUGUCAUAGCUGAAGAUAUCGGUGGCGUGGCAACACCCAACUCAUUCGCAUGGAUCAACGCCGCAUCGACAGACAAAAAGUUUUACUAUGACUUUCGUCUUCGUUCUAUGAAGCGAUGGAAAGAAAUUGAGCAAGCCCUCGACUCGCUUCCGAUUUCUUGGGGAGGCACAACUACUUGGGAUAAAUCACCCGAGGAACUCGAAGCUGAAAAGGUCAAUGCUUCAGCUUGGGGUUACGAUGUUAUUCGUGUCGACAAAACAGAGAUUUCUGAGAUUGAACCUCAUAUCGAAGAGACUAUUCUGCCGGAAUGGGGUCUUGCGUAUGGACAAGAGGGAGCUCUUGAAGCAGAGAUAGCAGCUCGUCAGAUGAUUUCUCAAGUCGAAGAAAGAGGAGGAAAAGUUGUCGAAACAAGAGCAAAGGGUUUUGUCAAGACUGAGGGUCGUGUUAGUGGUGUUGUCCUGGAUUCCGGCGAGACUCUUGCUGCUGAUCAUGUUGUCGUCGCUGCUGGUCUGGGAAGUGUCGCCUUGCUCGCAACAGAAAACAUCAAGCUGCCUCUCGACAGCUCAGAAGGACUUUUGGUAAACACAAAACCAACGUCUAAAAGACUCAUUAACGGCGUCAUCAACGCACCAGAACUUCACAUCCGUCAAACAGUCGAAGGGGCUCUUCGUUUUGGAUCCAGCUAUGCAGGUGGUGAUCUCGGCGACGAUGCGGAAACACAAGCUCGAGAGCUUUUUGCCAAACUUCAAAAGGCAGUUGUCGGCGGAGAAGAACUCGAGUAUAGUCACUACACCGUCGGACACCGAGUUCUGCCGGAAGAUGGUCUGCCUAUCCUUGGAGAGACUGGGUUGGAGGGGUCGAGCGUUGCUGCUAUGCACUCUGGUGUUACCAACGGUGCUCUUGUUGGUGAGCUUUUGAGUAAGCUGAUUUUGACGGGGGAGAAAGAUCCGAUUUUGGAAAACUUUGGACUUGAUCGAUUUGCGUGA